AUGACGAGCUGCCUCAUUUGCGGGCUGAAGAACCACGAGUUUGUCAACUCAGAAGGCCAUUCAUGGUGGGAGCACGAGCUGGCUUCUAGAUCCACCUGGUGGUCGGACAUCCGGCUUCUCUGUGACCCCGACGACGAACUCGGGAGCCUGGCUCCAUCCCUGAAAUACAACAACAUCUUUGAGCCUUGCACCUCUACGUAUGCCGAGGCUCGGAUUUAUGAUGGGUUCCGACCACGGUCUCAAGCUGCAGACAUCGAGGUACACCAAGGCGUGUUCCAUGCUGUCUCCCACUACAAGUUGCUGCUGUCUGAUGGUACUAAGCGGGAUAUUUUGUAUCACCCUGGAGACUUGCGGUUCCGGACGUUCGAUGACCGGAUCUACCUUCCAGUCCAUGAGGUCUGUCUGGACAUUGCCCAAAAAGUCUUCGAGACCUCGCCUCGUGACGCAUACGUCAGGGACCUGAGAGCCUUGUGUUUAGCCCUGGGGUGGAGAUUGAGCAUGAAGCUCAAGUGUGAAGGGCCAGCAAGCAAGGAGUUCCCCCCGAACUACAUGAUCGGGAAGGCAAACUUUCUUAUCAACUGGGAAGAGUGGAGGUCUCGGGUCCGGAUGAGGGAGUUCAACCCCAUCCACGCAUGGCCAGGUCCGUAUGGCACGCCGCAAGAGAAUCUCCCCGAUGUAUGCCACUACAAGCUGCCUUGA